GAAUCAGGGCAGAUGUCUUGCUGUAAUUGAAAUUUCACAAUCCUUGAAGCUAAGAGCAAAGUCGCCGUCAACAAGUUCAUUCUCUACAGUACGAUUGCGUCUGAAAAGGAUCCCUGAAAUUAAGCGGAAGAGAAGAGUAUUAGCUGAGCUGCUCGGAAAUUAUAAUCUCUCUUGAAAGCAUCAUUGCUGAGAAAGUUCUUUAUGGCGACUUCAUGGUUUUACAUCCUUGGCUGGCUCCCCAGCGUUUUAGCAAUCCUUGGAAAUACUAUGGUCGUGCUUGUUAUCUUAUCCAGGACACGAUUACACAUCCUGCCAAACUGGUUUGUCCUGUCGCUCGCAGUGGCUGAUUUCGCUGUCGGUGUUACCUGUUUUCCGACAAUCUUCCUUUGUAGAAAACUUGUCCUUUGCGAAAGUAACUGGGGCUAUGACAUAGCCGUGCUGGCGAUAUACUCUUCUGUUACUAACUUGUGUGCUAUGACAGUUGAUCGCUAUAUCGCCAUUAUCAAGCCUCUGAGGUAUGUUACGUGGAUGACUUCGCGUCGAGCAGCUUCCCUCAUGGCGUUAUCUUGGAGUAUUCCCAUUGCUCUCGACUUUAUUCCAACAAUAUGCGCGAGGUUAGGAAAAUGCAAAAUGCAAAACAGAACUCUCAUCUUUAGCAAAAUGUUUUUAUUGGAGAUCCUUCCUUGUUUGUUCCUGCUGAUAGCUACGAUUCAAAUAAUCAUAACUGCCAGAAGGCAUCGCUGGCAAACUGCUCGUCUCCAUGCUCAGCUGCGAUUUAAUCAAGUCAGUCACCGACAACCAAGAGAUUUUUCAUCUGCUAGAGUCAUCAUAACAGUAGUGAUCGUUUUCCUUGCUUGCUACUGUGUAGAGCUGUACAGCGUUAUUCGUUUCCUUUUCAACUCCUCGAUUCCAGCGCUGGAAGUUGUUAAUGUCAUUGUUUUGCUGGUACUGGUUAAUUCGGCCGCCAACCCGAUAGCUUAUGCUUUGUUCAAAAGAGACAUUCGAAGGGAACUCAAAACCUUGUGCAGACCAUUUAGACGCGCAGCUUUAAGACAUAACAAAGUCACUCCGGUUUAAACAUGUGAGACGAUGUAGGUGUUGCAAGCGCCUUUUCCCGCGCAAAGAAGCCAUGGUAGAAGAGAAGCAAAGUGACAGCAUGAGUACAGGCCUUCGCUGAUUACGCUAAUUGAAAACUGUGUCGAACUAGGUGUAAUAGAAAGCUGCUAUGAUCUCAGCUCAAAGUGAAAUUAAGUGGGGUGGUACGAAAUUCUACCUGUAUUUCUGUGGAACAUGGUACGAAUUUUGGCGCAGACUGCAAGUCACGUGUUACUACUGUUUUUAAUCUACCAUGAAGCCACGAGUCUGUUCACAGUCUUUUCUUACUUGUUACGAGUUAUAUUUCUUUAAGCGCACAAACGAUGCGAGGGCGUAGCGCGAGAGUUGCCGCGAAGCGGGUGCAACAAAAUUAAACAACCUUAAACGUCUGUGUACUUCUCUGAAAAAAAAAAAAACGCUUUUAGUCUCCUCCCCCAUGUCAUCACCUUGUCAUUGUCACCUCCGCCCUCGCUCCCUUAAUUAAUCAAGCAACAUCUGAAGGGAUCAAAAUACAAGACAACAACUGCACGACCGUGUACGGUGUCACACGUGUGUUGGAGUAUGUCUUCUAAGAAUUAUUUUAACUUGGAAAAAACCAAACGAGAGGAGAAAACGGAACCAUCUGACUUCUGUAAGCUAGGAAGAUAAGAAAAUGGCGGAAUAUUUGGAUUACAAACAGGUUCUUAGAGACAAUCCAAAAGAUGAAAUCAAAUAAGAGAUGCUGGAGCAGGCACAGGGAAUGUUAGAGUCGAACUUAGUAAACUCGGCUACACUAACCUGCAUGCUCUAGAUAUCUCAAAAGAAAUGUUAGAUGAAGCAAAGAAGAAAAAUUUGUAUAAGAAGGUCAUCUGCGCCACUUUGAAUGACCAGCGGAUUCCCGAGAUUGAAACAGGAGAGUUUGACGCGUUGAUUUGCUGUGGUACGCUGGUGCAGGGACAUGCGCACUCCAAU